AAAAAUACAUCGAAUCAACAAGUCGAGAAAGAAGGUGAAGUGGGUGGUAUGGGUCGCUCUUAUUGCUGCGGUGGUUAUUAUGACUACGGAUCUGGCACGUACGGCGGAUAUGGCCGCGGAUGGAGUGGAUAUAUGUACAACUACGGUGGUGGCGAGAAUAACAACUACGGCGGUACCAAUAAUAUUGGAAGCAUAAACACUGAGAACAUAAGUGCAUGA